AUGCCGAGCAGUGGCAGAGGAACCGGAGGAGUAGCAGGCGAAGGGAAGAAGAGGGGUGGGCGGCGGCGGCAGCGCCGUCAGUCUAGCCCGCCGCCGCCGGACCACCCUUACGAGUACAUCAUGAUCCCGGGGGGCGGCCGCUUCGACAUCCCAGAAGGAGACGACAAGGAAGAGUGGAUCCAGUUCUUUGAGGAAGCUGCCAGAGCCACCAGGGAGGCCAUCGCGCGCUACGGCGACGGCCGUCCAGCCGACGGCAUCAACCGUGCCACGAUGCUGCCCGACAGCACCCACCGUGACGGCGCCGUCUACAGCGUCACCGGCGGCUGGCAUAAGACGUACCGCAUCUCCGACACCGAUGAGACCCAAUUGGAGGCAGCAACCCUUUCAAACCCAAGCAAUUGCUAUCCGAAUCAGGAAACUUGUUGCCAACAUAUCCCGCUAGCAAUGAUGCAGAUAUUUUCCAUAGAAUUGGGUAAACUUUCAAUGGAUAGUGGCAGUGCAGAUUAUGUAUUUAAUCGAAGCAGGGUUGAUCCCAUCUCAUUGGAGCAGGGUUCUCCUAUAGAGAUGAUUGGUCCCAAGCGAGGUAUUGAUAUGUCCUCUGGUGUACUAAUAGAAUUUGAUAUGAAGAUUAAGAAAGGAGAACAAGAAUUAGAUGACACACAGUUAAUCGAUGGAAUAACAGAUUUCGAUGAAUUAACCACACCAUCAUUCAAACCGUUCUUGAGUCGUAUCGAUGGUGUUGGUGGUGCGGUUGACAUAACAUUAGAUAUGUUUCACUUUGCCGUGGAGGCAACAAUAGAAGUGGACAUAGCACAGGUUUAUGAAAAUGGCUUCCAUCUGGUCCGUACUUCAUCAUUCAAGUUUGUUGAUGAUGCCAUCGCCAAUGAAGCUGAACGUUGUGCCUCCUUCAAAGCAAAGCAGCAUGGAUAUGACAUGCAACAAUUACAGCAUAAUGGGGCAUCUGUCAUGGUGAAAAUCAAGCAGCAACGUGUACAACUAGCUUCAGACCAAGCUCUCACUGACAGGAGGGAGCGCCCGUAUUAUAGUAGUGCUAUAAUAAUAAUAAAUCCUAACGUAAAGUACUGUACUUUGUUUUGCGCUUGUAUGUCGGGCGCCGCCGACGCCGAGGCCAUCCGCCGCCUCCUGCUCACAGGCGUCAGCCCCAGCAGCCACCUGCCACCGCUCACCGUCAAGCACAUCCACGGCCGCCUCCUGCGCCUGGACCUCCUCCUCCUCACAGACCUCUCCCCGCUCCUCCUGCGCGCCCUCUCCUCCUCCGGCCUGCACCUCCACGCCCUCCGCCUCCACUCCCUCCUCCCCAGCCCCUCCCACCUCACCUUCCCCUUCGCGAUCAAGUCCGCCUCCCGGCUCCCGGACCCGCUCACCGCGGGGACACAGCUCCACGCCCGCUCCCUCAAGCUCCCCUCCCACUCCAACCCGCACGUCCUCACCUCCCUCCUCAACCUCUACGCGAGAUGCGGCCGCUUGCACGACGCCCAGAAGGCGUUCGACGAACUGCCCCAGCCCAGCACGGUCUCCUGGACCGCGCUCAUCACCGCGUACAUGGACGCGGGGCGCGCGCAGGAGGCCGUCGGAGUUGCGAGGACCGCGUUCGCGAGUGGCAUGCGCCCUGACAGCUUCACGGCUGUGCGGGUCCUGACCGCGUGCGCUCGUGUCGCUGAUUUGGUGACUGGGGAGGAUGUGUGGAGGGCGGCGGAGCAGGAGGGGAUCGCUGGGAGCGUGUUCGUGGCAACUGCGGCGUUGGACUUGUAUGUCAAGUGCGGGGAAAUGGAGAAGGCGAGGGAAGUGUUUGACAGCAUGAAGAACAAGGAUGUGGUGGCUUGGGGUGCAAUGGUUGGGGGAUACGCCUCCAACGGGCAUCCUCGGGAGGCUCUAGAACUGUUCUUCGCAAUGCAGGUGGAGGGAAUGAGGCCAGAUUGUUAUACAGUGGCUGGGGCGCUCUCAGCGUGCACAAGGUUUGGUGCACUGGAUUUGGGGCGGCGGGUAGUUGGGAUGCUGCAGUGGGAUGAAGUUCUUGGCAACCCAGUCCUUGCUACUGCACUGAUUGAUAUGUAUGCCAAGUGCGGGAGCACAGGUGAGGCGUGGAUGGUGUUCCAGGAGAUGAGGAAGAGAGACAUCAUUGUCUGGAAUGCAAUGAUCUUGGGGCUCGGCAUGACUGGCCAUGAGAAGAUUGCCUUUGCGCUUGUUGGCCGGAUGAAGAAGUCAGGUAUGACACUGAAUGAUAAUACAUUCAUCGGAUUGCUCUGCAGCUGUACACAUACCGGCCUUGUAAAAGAUGGGCAGCGCUAUUUUCGUAACAUGACUCAGUUGUACGGCAUAAGACCUAGGAUUGAGCAUUAUGGUAUUAUGGUUGACCUGCUCAGUCGUGCGGGGUUGCUAGAGGAGGCUCAUCAGUUAAUUCAAGACAUGCCAAUGCAGGCGAAUGCUGUUGUAUGGGGAGCACUCCUUGGUGGGUGCAAGAUCCACCGGAAUGCUGACCUUGCUGAACAUGUGUUGAAGCAGCUCAUCCAAUUGGAGCCAUGGAAUUCUGGAAAUUAUGUCAUGCUUUCUAACAUAUACUCUAACAGUGGAAGAUGGGAAGAUGCCGCAAAGCUCAGGUUGGAAAUGAAGGCAAAGGGGGUUGAGAAAGUCCCUGCAUCUAGCUGGCUUGAACUUGAUGGUAAAGUCCACGAGUUCCAUGUUGGAGACAGAUCACAUCCCCUCUCAGACAAAAUUUAUGCAAAGCUCGAUGAAUUAGGCAUGGAAAUGAAGGCCAUGGGUUAUAAACCGACUACCGAGGUGGUGAUGUUUGACAUUGAAAACGAGGAGAAGGAACACACGCUAGUGCAUCACAGUGAGAAGAUUGCCAUUGCAUUCAGCCUCCUGACUACUGAACCAGGUGAGACCAUUAGGGUCACCAAAAACCUCCGAGUAUGCAGUGACUGCCACUCUGCCAUCAAGCUCAUAUCGAGGAUAACCUGUCGCGAAAUUAUUGUUCGAGAUAACAAUCGAUUUCAUUGCUUUAGAGAUGGCUAUUGCUCUUGCAAUGACUAUUGGUAG